GCUCCCGGCUCCGACUAGGAGCGGAAAUUCCUGCAGGGUCUGGACGCUGCGGGCGGAGCUCAGUAUGGAGCCCGUGGAGACCUGGACCCCCGGGAAGGUGGCAGCUUGGCUGAGAGGCCUUGAUGACGUCCUACAGGACUAUCCCUUCGAGGACUGGGAGCUGCCUGGAAAGUACCUGCUGCAGCUCUGUCCCCAAAACCUCGAGGCUCUGACCGUGUGGCCUCUGGGCCACCAGGAGCUCAUUCUACAUGGAGUGGAACAGCUCCGGGCCCUGGGCUCUAAGCUACAGACCGAGAACCUCAAGAGCCUAGCCCAGGGGCUGCUGGACAGGACCCAGGCCUUCCAAAGCUUGGUCCAAGGCCGUCUGAGAGACUGUGCUGAGACACCCGCCGAUGUCCUCAAUGCUGCUGUAGAGCUGGUACGGGAGGCUCAUGCCCUGCUCUCUUGGCUCAACAGGUACCUCUUCACUCACUUAAAUGACUUCUCCGCCUGCCAAGAGAUUGGUGUGCUGUGCGGAGAGCUGGGCCAAGUCUUGCAGGAGGACUGCCUAGAGGCUGAGAAAGAAAGCAACACCCUGAGGAUUUGCGGCCGUGUGGCUGGGAUCUGUCACAACAUCCUGGGCUGCAGCCCGGAGGAGCUGCUGGAACAGAGGGCCGUGUUGGAGCUGGUGCAGCUGGACGACCCUUCCGGCCUAGAAAUUCACACCACCAGCAACUGCCUACACUUUGUGUCUCGAGUAGGCGUCCAGGCUGCCACGGGCUCCCAGAUCCUGCCCGGAGACGAGAUCGUCCAAAUCAAUGAGCAGGUGGUGGUCGGCUGGCCCCAUAAAAACAUGCUGAGGGAGCUGCUGAGGGAGCCAGCAAGGGUCAGCCUUGUACUAAAGAAGAUUCCCGUGCCAGAGACCCCCUCAAAGACGCCCCCGGACUCCCCUCAGCCGCUAAGCCAAUCGCUGCCCCUGAACCCACCGUCUCCCAGGGUUCCAUGCGAAGGUCUUUUUGCCUUCAACCUGUCUACAGAUGGAAACCCCAGCCCCAGCCCUGCGUGGACAGACUCUACCUCCCUUGACGCUCAGCCCACGCCCACUCCCCCUGGGCCACCAGGCACUCUUCCAGAAGAAACAGCUGAACCUCUGGAGGCUUCGGGACACCUUGACAAGAGUCCCACCGUUGGUCGGAAGAAUUCAAAAGGUAUAGCCACGAGGCUGAGCCGCCGGCGGGUGUCCUGCCGACAGCUGGGUCUGCCAGACUGUGAUGGAUGGCUUCUACUGCGGAAGGUCCCCGGUGGUUUUAUGGGCGCACGCUGGCGCCGCUGCUGGUUCGUGCUCAAGGGACACACCCUAUACUGGUACCGCCAACCGCAGGAUGAAAAGGCGGAAGGACUUAUCAACAUCUCCAAUUACAGCCUGGAGUGCGGGCAUGACCAGAAGAAAAAAUAUGUGUUCCAGCUGACCCACGAUGUGUACAAGCCCUUCAUCUUUGCCGCGGAGACCCUGUCUGAUCUGAGCAUGUGGGUGCGGCAUCUUGUCACCUGCAUUUCCAAGUAUCAGACUCCAGGCCGGGCCCCCUCCGCCAGAGAGGAAGACUGCUACAGUGAGACCGAAGCGGAAGACCCUGAUGAAGAGGCAGGGUCCCGCUCAGCUUCUCCUGGUCCAGCUCAAGCUUGGAAUGACACAUCGCCCGCGGCUUCACCCCUGCAGAGUCCUAGGACCUCCUUUGGCUCUUCAUUAGAUAGCAGUGACAGAGCUCUGGAAGGAAUGGUACAGGGGCUGAGGCAGGGGGGCGUGUCCCUCCUGGGCCAGCCACAGCCCCUGACCCAUGAACAGUGGCGGAGUUCUUUCAUGCGGCGAAACCGUGACCCUCAUCUCAAUGAGCGUGUGCACCGUGUCCGGGCACUACAGAGCACACUCAAGGCAAAGCUACAGGAACUGCAGGCCCUGGAGGAAGUCCUGGGUGAUCCUGAACUCACAGGAGCAAAAUUUCGCCAGUGGAAGGAACAGAACCACGAGCUGUACUCAGAGGGCCUGAGGACCUGGGGAGGGAUGUGGGCCCAGACCAGCUCCCCAGACCCAAACACUGACUCCAGGGGUCAAUCCCCACAGCCUCUACCCUCUGACCCUGAAGAGCCCUCCCAGCUUUUCCCCUCGACCCCAGAGAACAGCCUCCAACCUCCUGACCUCUGACCCUGGCUGAGGACUACUUCAUCCCCAGUCUCUGAUGUGCUUAAAACAUGUCCAAGGGGUCUGUGAGAGACCAGAAGGAGCGUUAGCCCUCAGCUUACCUCCAAACCGGUCCCUCUAUGCUGGGCUUCCACAGUUUCUGCUCACAAGUCCCUCAUGGUGGAAGGAAAGUUCCUCUCUUCUCUGUGAGGUAGAAAUCCCUCAACCCAUCCUCAGAUUUGGGAUGUACCUGCCUCCCUGGGUCAUUCAAAAAGGUUUCCCAGACCUUCCUAGAUAGGCGUUUAUUUUACACGAGAGAUACUUUUCCACCAAAUAAAGUUGAUUUUUCUGAAGUGAA